UGACAGCCACAGAAAGAAGCCUUGACUUGCUUAAGUCUUCCCCCUGCAGCGAUAGCAAUAGGCUAAUAGACUGAUAGCAAUGGCAAUAGCAAAUUAGCAAGUGCUAUUUUCCAACCGGAGCAAAUCUUUGAUCGCUUUAACCCCAACUUUUCCAAGUGUAAAAUAUGAUGAUGCACUUCUCUUGUGGCAGUGUUACAAUGUUCAUCUUCUGGACCAGUUGGAUUAUCCACUUUCCUUCCGUUGACAUGUUCCGGCCAACGGAUUAGUGGCCAAAACUAAAGCUGAGAUAUUUCUUUCUGAUUUUCUCAGCUUUUUAACCAGGCACUUUCAUUGUGAUUGAACUCUUAAACUUGUAAAUUUUUUUCGAUUAGCAGAAUUUCAAAAUUCAAAGGUUUCCGUGUGGAAAGGACAAGUAUGCUUCGGUAGUUUUAGCCUUCAUCUCAUAAGCGAUCGUGUUUCUGUUCGAAUAAAGGAUUUGGCGUAGAGUAUAACGAUGGCGUUGGAACUUAUACCUAUUGGUACCAUCUUGGCUGUGCUAACGAACCAGGUCAUUAAAACAGCCAACGCUGCGAAAGAUGUUCUCGAAAAGGAGAGUUUCAAGGUCCUUUCGAACCACUUGCUUGACAUUGGAUCGGUUUUGAAAGAACUACAGCAUCAAGAAUUGAAUGAUUCACAAGCUGCAAGGCUUGCUUUGGGGUCCCUCGAAACAGAUGUUAAAAGGGCUAAUAAUCUGGUUGACAAGUACAAAAAUCGAGCACGUUUCUACUUGCUUGUCAAGUGCAGGCACAUUGUCAAGGAGGUACAAGACGUUACCAGGGAUAUUGGAAGGUCUUUGGCUGCUCUCUCCCUUGCAAGCAACGAUGUCUUAUUGGGGAUAUCUGAUCAGGUGAAUAGGUUACAGAAUGAGAUGCAAAGAGUGGAAAUUGAGGCUUCACAGUCUCAGCUCCAAGUUUUCGACAAGCUAAAACAAGGUCUUGAUGAUCAGACCCUUGGCCCAGGUUUUGCAAACGACAUGCUUGCAGAAAUAGCAAUGGCAGUUGGGGUGCCUUUAGAGCCCUCGGAGAUAAGCAAAGAGCUUGCAGAUUUCCGAAAGGAGAAAGAAGAAGCUGCCAGCAGGAAAGAAAGAGCUGAAGUUUUCUUCUUAGAUCAGAUUAUUGAGUUGCUCUCUCGAGCUGAUGCUGCGAGGGAUUAUGAAGAAGUCAAGAAGCAAUACAAGCAACGGGUGCAGGCCAUAGAGGGGUAUGAUCCGAGUGAAGAAUAUAUUCCACCACUUAAGCCUUUUAAAUGCUGUAUUAGAAAAACUGUGAUGGCUGAACCAGUCAGUCUUUGCACUGGUACUACAUGUGAGAGAGCCGCUAUCAUAGCUUGGUUUGAAAGUGGCGAGAGAACUGACCCCGAAACUCUUGAGGUUCUUCAAGAUACUUCGUGGAGGUGUAACAUCCCACUGAGACAAUCAAUAGAAGAGUGGAGAGAGCUAAAUUAUUGUCUCAAGAUCCGAUCUGCCAAGGCAAAGUUGUUAUCAGGCGUUGAGACGUCAAUGUUAGAGGCCUUAAGCCAAAUGCAAGAUCUUAUGACAGAGAAUUCUAUUAACAAGGACUGGAUCGCCAUUGAAGGACUCACCGAUAUUAUAAUCUCCAUCCUCGGAAAUUCUCACAACAGAGAAGUGAAGAGGAAGAUUUUGAUCACCUUAAAGGAUAUUGUCGAAGGGCAUGCAAGAAACAAGGAGAAAGUGGUUGAAUCCCAGGGGUGGGAUCACAUCAUUCCCUGCUUAGGCCGCGACUCAAGCAUCUCGAAGGCUGCAAUUGAGUUGCUAUAUGAAUUGUUGCAGGACAGAACUGGUUGGAAUGUGUCUGCAUGCAGGAAACUCUCUGAACAAUGCAGUACAAUUCUUUUCCUUGUCUACACCCUUUUAAAGGGAACUGUGAGGGAGUCAGCUGAGAUUGCAGAGAAAAUCUUGCUGAAUCUUUUCGACAUAGAUGAGGAAAACAUUUCUUGUGCAGCUAAAUCUGGCUGGUAUAAGCCACUUGUUGAUCGCAUAGUUCAAGGGCCGGAAACUUCAAGGUUAGCAAUGGUGAGAACACUAGUUAACAUGGAAUUGGUAGACUCAAAUUUGAAGCUUCUUGGUGAGGAAGGGAUUAUACCUCCUUUGCUCGAAAUGGUGUCUGGAAAUAUUGAAUCAAAACAAUUGUCCUUAUCCGCCUUGGCUGAAUUAUCAGGUUGCAGUGCCAACAAAGAACUGAUUGCUGCUUCUGGUGGGGUUAAUCUUGUUCUAAAGCUAGCUUUCACUCCCCGUGUAUGCUCAAUCAUUACUGUUAAAUGUUAUGAAAUCCUGGAGAAAUUUACAUCUGAUACGGAUGGGGCUAAAUUCUUUGUUGAUGAAAAUGGUUGUCAACUAGAGUUAGAGCCAAUUGUCACCAGUUUGACUGAAUUACAACAGAAUCCCAACUUGGCCUACAAUGUCCGGAGGCCUGCCUUGUUCUCACUUCUUGGAAUCUGCAAGUUUGAUGCAGGGCUGAUAAAAAAGGUUGUUCUCACUGCCAAUGCCAUAUCUGUAGUCCUUCCUCUACUUGAUCACUCUGACUCGGAGAUUCGAGAGAUUGCCAUAAAUUUGCUUUUCCUCUUCUCACAGCAUGAGCCUGAGGGGGUCGUGGAAUACCUUCUCAAGCCAAGAAGGCUGGAGGCUUUAGUGGGGUUCCUUGAGAAUGAUGACAAGGAUGAUGCACAGAUGGCUGCUGCUGGAUUAUUGGCAAAUCUGCCAAAAUCCGAAAGAUUAAUAACUAAGAAGUUAAUCGAACUGGAUGGACAUACUGCAAUCAUAAACAUUUUAAGAACAGGGACUAUGAAGGCAAAAGAAAAUGCUCUAAGUGCUCUUUUCAGGUUUACGGAUCCCACAAACCUGGAAUCGCAGCGUAAGCUGGUUGAAGGAGGAGCAUACCCUUUGCUCGUAAACUUUCUCAGGUCCAGCUCAGUGACUGCAAAGGCGAGGGCUGCAGCUCUGAUUGGUAAUCUUUCCACAAGCACUCCAAAGCUCACCAUGGUCUCCAAACCCUCCGGCUGCUGGUCAUGUUUCAAGCCAUCCGGCACUCCACCAUGCUCAGCACACGGUGGUAUCUGCAGUGUGACUUCCACAUUCUGUCUUUUGGAAGCGAAAGCUUUGCCUGACUUGGUAAGGCUCUUAUCGGGAGAGGUCUAUGAAACUGCCAUCGAAGCAAUUCAAACUCUUUCGACAUUGGUUCUCGAAACCUCUCCUCAAAGAGGAGCCAGUGUCUUGCAUGACGCUGAUGCCAUAAAUCCGACGUUGGAGAUAUUGUCUUGGGGAACGGAUUCUCUGCAAGAAGACGCAUUGAGUCUUCUCGAAAAGGUUUUCAUGUCGAAGGAAAUGGUUGAGGUGUAUGGAUCAGCAGCUAGAUUAAGUCUUGCUGGACUAACUAGCAGGAACAUUCAUGAGGAUGGCCGCCAUAGGGGGAAGGCUACCAGGGUUUUGUCACUCCUUGAACGUUAUUCGAAAUCAUCGACUUCUAUUAUUCCGGGAAUGAUGUAAGGCUAAAAAAUUUUGGUUACCAGAUCAGAAGAACAAAUGUACUUCAACUCUGUUUGGGAUUAUACCAGGAUAGAGUUGGAAAAUUUAGUGCAUCAAUUGUCACUCUUAUUAAAACAUUCAUCAAUUGUCUCUCUUUUUACUCCCGUCGAAUCUACCUUUCACUUACAAAUAAAAAGAAACAGCAUUUGACCGU